AUGAUGCCAACUAUGUAUAAUUCGACUAAUUCAGCAGCUGGUGAUACGGAAAAACAAUUUAUCGAUGCUAAAGCCUAUAUACUUGCAGCGACAACCAAAGAUGGGACAAAUUUAUACGAUCAUCUUGCUCAUUGUUUAACACGAUUGCUUAACGAACAACCACGCAAUUCGGCAGAUAUAUUUGAAGAUAUUAGUAAAAAUGUAAAAAGCGAAGCAUCUCGUCCACAACAAGAUACAUUACGGGAUCGUGCAGCGCCUGAUAGUGAACAUACUUUAGCCGAAGAACAAAAGCCAUUAUUUGAUAAAAGUGAUAAUGUAGAAGAACUUGACGAUGAAGCACUGCAAUCACCAUUACCAAACCUACUCGAAUGUGCCUAUUAUUUUGAGCAGUCUGGGAUUGGUCUUGGAAGAGAAGAAACAUAUAGAAUUUGGCUGUCAUUAAAACAAUUAGUGGACAAAUAUCAGUUUGAAAAAGUACGAUUCUGGGGCAAAAUAUUUGGAAUUCAAAAAAAUUAUUAUAUUGCAGAGGUGAAACAUGGAGAUGAUGAUACAGCCGACGAAGAGGACGAAGAAGAACAAAAGGAUAGCGAAGAUGACAAAGAAAUUGAAGACGAAGAACAAGAACAAGAAGAAGAUCCUCUACCGAAACCCACGUUUAAACCGCCUCCAGAAGUUCCAAAAGAAGAGAAAGGCACCGGCGUCAAUAAAUUAUCUUAUUAUGUUUGCAAUCAUCCUGGUAUGCAAUGGGUAAAAUUACCACAAGUGACUCCCGCUCAAAUAUCACAAGCUCGAAAUAUUAAAUUAUUUCUAACUGGAGAUUUGAAUCGAACAAUAGAUUCGUAUCCGUCAUAUCCUGGAGUAGAAAAACAUUAUUUACGAGCUCAACUUGCGCGUAUCAGUGCUACAACACAUGUCAGUCCUGCUGGGAGAUUCAAAUUUAAUGAUGAAGAAGAGGAAGCUGAAGAAGAGGGCGGAAGAGAAAAUUAUCAAGAUAAUGAAGAAUUCAAAGGUGGAUUGUUGAGUUUAUUAAUAAAAGUUGCUUCUAUAUUUAUUCUUAACUUUGCAGGUGCCGCACUGUCCGAACUGAUUGACGAGGAAUUUAAUGGUUGGGUACAUCACGUUCAACAUAUAUUACCACAAGGUCGAACGAAAUGGUGGAAUCCAAAACAAGACUCUGACAAAGGAGAAGAGAAUGAAGAAGAAGAAGAGGAAAUGAAAGCUGAGGGAUCCGAAGAAAUCGAGCCGGAAUCUGGGCCACCACUUCUGACACCAAUCGGUGCCGAUACAGAAAUUGAUGGUAUUCGGCCAUGGACGGCAAAAAUAUCAUCAACACUCAUACCUCAGUAUGCAUGUGCAUUUGUAAGAAGUAAUUUAUGGCCAGGGGCUUAUGCAUUUGCGAGGGGAAUGAUUUGGGAAAAUUUGUAUGUAGGUUGGGGUCAUAAAUAUGCAAUGACCGAUUACGGACCGCAAUUACCACCCGAACCGGCUGCAGAAUAUACAGAUGGACCUGAUAUUGGUGAGACAGAAGAUCCAUCGCCUGAAGAAGAAGCGCGAGCGAGAGCAAGUCAGGAAGAAGCGGCUGAGGAAGGUGAAGAAGAACAUGAAGAAGAAUUAGAAGACGAUGAGGGAGAUGAUUAA